AUGUGGGAUAUAAGAAAGAGAGGCGUUUUACUGACGUAUGGGGAGCACCAAGCUGCGGUUUCCUGUAUAAGAUUCAGUCCAGAUGGCCGAAGCAUGGUUUCAAGCGACCGAGAUGGAAUCCUAAAGGUCUGGGAUCUGCGAAGCGGGAAAUCGGUGGUGACCAAGUCUGACGCAGCGGGGGAGAUAACGGAUCUCCAAUUCCACCCCUCGGAAAUGCUCUUCGCCGCGUCCAGCCAGGAUGGCCGUUGUUAUUUCUACGACUUCGAAAGUUAUCAGCUAGUGUCCGUUACUGAGAAAAGCACGAAUAUUCCGAGCGCAAUUCGAUUUUCCUUCGCUGGAGAUGUCCUGACCGCGCUGAUGGGGGAUAUUCUUGCAGAGUUUGCCUGGGAACCUGAAGCCAAAAGAACAAAAGCGAUUCACAUAAAUAAUGGAAAGAAGGGCGAUCUCAUAUUGUCGCAGAAUAAAGCAAUAGCUACUGGCAUAAAGGAGAAAAAUCAGCUGAUAGUAAGUGUGGUCGACUCCUCUAAAAUCUCGACGAAGCCACGAGCGCGAAAACAACCAUCUUCCACGCCGAAGCAAGUGAAAGCAAACGUCUCCCUUCCAGAUCCGAACAUAAGCUUGAUUUCCGACAGGCCCCGAAACGGCAUCCGAGCAAAUGCGAACCAGAACAACUCAACUAAGGAAACGAACGUUUCCCUUCCGGCCAAUGCGUACAGCGAUGCCUUUUCCUCGGUUCAUAAAAUUCCUCGCUCGCCGAGAGGUGUAAAAGCGCCAUCAAAACCGAGAGCCCGGGAAGUCAAAGCGGAUUUCAUGAGCAAAAUGAAGCAAAAGAAUGAAAACGACAUUCCAGUAGAGAUCCACGUAACCCCGGCUCCUGUUGUAAAAUCAAAGAGACCACUAGCGAUGGUGAAGCCGAAUAACUCGAUGGAAAUUGACCCGGGCAUGCUGGCAAGCCCAGUUUCUCCACAAGUUCAAAAGAAUCUGCCCAAGCCUAAUAGCAUCUUGAGCCUUUUACAACAAUCAGUAGAGGUGAAGAAAGUAUUGAAAAAUCGACAAGUGGUUCUUGAAGAUUGCACAAGGCAACAUACGAUGGUCGGAGCGCUACGAAAAAGCUACCGAGAUCGAGGGGUUAUGUACGAUUUACUGAGCAAUCUUCUAUCGAUGCCAGAUGCGUGGACGCUUGAGUUGGCAGUGGAAGCAGCGCAAGUAGCAUCGCUCCUCGCUCAGUCUUCAGAGGUUCAUCAUCAAAAGCUCUCUUCCACGGCGCUCAAGCAUAUCCUCACGCACUUCAGACAGACAAUAGAACACAGUAUCAGUGGCCCCCACGGGAUCGGGGUCGACCUUUCAGCAGAGCAACGUCAGCAACGCUCGAAGGAAAUUCUCCGCCUGGUAGACGAGACUCGCAAUACAUUCCAAUCCUCUUCACAGAACGCUACCACAUUGAAGGAGAUCGAUUUCCUCAUGCGAAACUUCCAGAUUUCCUGA